AUGUCUCAGCUUUUGGUUCGAAUCGCAAAGAUCUCAUCAUCCUCAAUUGGGAAGCAUGGACUCUGUUUCAGUGAGUUCCGGCGGUCACUGUCCACGGCGGCGACGCCGUAUCUGCUUUUCAGCGAGACCAGCAAGUACGAAAUGACAUUAUCUUGUGAACCACUGGUCGAAUUGAACUUGUACGAUCCAAGGAAAGACGAAACAGUGAAAUUCCCGGACCAGACUCUGAGGAAGGAGCUCCUCUCAUCGACGAAAGUAGGAUCGUCAAGGGGAUGGGUGGUUACAAGGAACCUAUUCAACUCCAAAAUGCAUCUCACCAACAUGUUCAACCCUUGUGCCUCUGCUUCCUCACGCAAGGUUAUCUCUUUGCCUACACCUAAAGCCCGUAUAUGCAGAAUCUCUCUCUCGGCCUCGCCGGACCAGGAAGACUGUGUAGUGGCCUGGUGA